AUGUUCAACUCUAUGAACAGUCACAUAGCUGUGAUAACGCUGCUGAUGUUUACCACGAUGAACGAAGCCAAAUUGACUAAGUUAGAAACCAUCGAGAAUUUGCUUUCGGAAGCUCGAGGAGAAUUACCCGGAUUAACCCAUUUGAUUAUCACCAGAGACGCAGAGAUUGAACAUUUGAAAGAUAAGAUUAUUCUUGAAACCGGAGGAAAAAGCAACAGCACCAUUGAGAAAUAUAUCAGCUGUUGGAGAGAGUAUUAUGGAACCUACUAUAGAUACAUGCUAUUCGAAAGGGUGAAAAACGGACUUGUACACAUACCUGGGGAUUAUGGUCCCUUCAUUGUGGAACAUUCUCUCCGACAAUAUUACAAGGAAGAGGCUAAUGCUCACGAAGCUCAAUGGCGAUCAGUAUCAGCAACAGUCGACUGUGAACAUUACAAACCGUCAGGAAACGAAAAAGAUCUUCAGCAAUUGAAGCAUGCAAUAGAAAAUUCAUUCCGUAGCAAAAUGCUCUAUAGUCAAAAUGAUUUGCUCAUGGAAAUUUACGAAACUGCCAUUAAGAAGUUGAAACCCAAAUUGACUAAGUUAGAAACCAUCGAGAAUUUGCUUUCGGAAGCUCGAGGAGAAUUACCCGGAUUAACCCAUUUGAUUAUCACCAGAGACGCAGAGAUUGAACAUUUGAAAGAUAAGAUUAUUCUUGAAACUGGAGGAAAAAGCAACAGCACCAUUGAGAAAUAUAUCAGCUGUUGGAGAGAGUAUUAUGGAACCUACUAUAGAUACAUGCUAUUCGAAAGGGUGAAAAACGGACUUGUACACAUACCUGGGGAUUAUGGUCCCUUCAUUGUGGAACAUUCUCUCCGACAAUAUUACAAAGAAGAGGCUAAGGCUCACGAAGCUCAAUGGCGAUCAGUAUCAGCAACAGUCGACUGUGAACAUUACAAACCGUCAGGAAACGAAAAAGAUCUUCAGCAAUUGAAGCAUGCAAUAGAAAAUUCAUUCCGUAGCAAAAUG